GUUUUACCAGUACCUACAAAAGCAGCGUCGUCACGUCGCUGUCUUCUCUGGUAAAGAACCUACUGAAAGUCAGUAAAAUAGUCUGAUUAUUCUUCAUGGAGGGAGUGUUGAGAGGAAAUGUAACGACCAAGCGAGGCGCCGUGAUUCAGGAUGAAAGAGACGUGGAGCAAUUUCUAAUUCCACUUGGAAGUGAAAAGAAACACAUAAAGACACAUACUGGUAAUAAAUCUUAUAGUUAUAAUCUCUGGAAAAAAAUCAAAAUAAAGCUGAAAGAUUAAAGAAACACGAAAGAAUGGAUACAGAUGAAAACCCUUGUAAAUGUGACGUUUGUGGGAAAGAAUUUAAUGCUGCAGACCAACUGAAGAGGCACAUGGUAGUACACACUGCAAAAAGACCGUUUAGAUGUGAAAUGUGUGUGAAGGGGUUCAUAUCUAGAACUUCUUUACAGAAUCACCUGGUAACACACACGGGUGACAGAUCUUUUAAAUGUGAUGUCUGUGGAUUAACGCUUAGUCUAGCAGGAAAUUUAAAGAGACACAUGAAGACACAUGCAGGUGAGAAACCUUUUCAGUGUCAUGUAUGUGGGAAAACCUACCGAACAGAAGGGUUAUUGAAAAGGCACAUUGCGACGCAUACAGAUAAUAAAAAUUUUCAAUGUGAUGUAUGUGGGAGGGCGUUCAAAGCUAGAUGUUUUUUACAGAGACACAAAAUAACACAUACAGGCGAGAAACCUUAUGAAUGUGGUGUGUGUGGAAUGGCGUUUAAAUCUAGAUGUGUUUUAAAGAGACACAUAGUAACGCAUACAAGUGACAGAUCCUUGGAAUGUGAAGUCUGUGGAAAGGGAUAUCGUCUAGCAGGAAAUUUAAAGAAACACAUGGAGACACAUACAGAUGAAAAACGUUUUCAUUGUGGCGUAUGUGAGAAAACCUUCCGAGCUAGAUGGAAUUUAAAUCAACACAUGAAGACACAUUCAGAUGAUAAACCUUUUCAAUGUGAUAUAUGUGGGAUGGGUUCAGGAUAAAUUUCUUCUUAGAGAGACAUAUGGUAACACAUACAGGCGAGAGACCUUAUAAAUGUGAUGUAUGUGGCAACACUUAUACUCAGUUAGGAACUUUACAGAUACACAUGAGGACACAUACAAAUGAGAGAGUUAAUAAAUGCACAUUCUGCGGGAGGACAUUUCCUUGUGCUCAAAAGUUAAAGAAACACAUGAAAACACAUAAUUACAAAUGUGAUGUCUGUGGAAAGGCUUAUAGUCGAUUAAGGUAUUUACGAA